AUUUAAGCACUAAAAAGCCAAUAAAUUUAAGAAAUAUUGAUGAAUACAACCACAAAAAAAAUGGAAAUAUCCGAUUUAGUAUCAGCGCGUAAAUUUCGUGAAUUUAAUACAAAACAAAAGGAGGAAUUAUAUGAGACGUUGCUGCAAUUGAUUGUGGCCAUCGAGGAGAUACCGAAAAAGUCCUUGCGGCGCACUUUGGACGUCACCUUGGCCGUGUUGCAGUACAAGGGCGAACAAGUGGCAGACUUACAGUCGCAAUUGGAAGAUAAAGAGAGCAGUGAAGACCGUUUGGUGGAUGAGAAUGAAAAGCUAAAAGUUAUGUUGGAACGACUUGAAGACGAAAAAUUAGAAUUAAAAGAUAAGGUUAAGGAGCUCACUGAGGAUAUUUUCCAGCUACAAAAGCGUAUGCAAGAAGCUGCUCAAACAGCUGCCGCUGACGGCAGCGAUAAAGAUUCGUCUGACCCGCUCUCAGAGCUGGAUAAGCAAGAAGAUUUGUUACGAAAUAUUAAUUCGAAGAAUAAACAUAUAAAGCGUUUACUACGAGAAAUUGAGGCCCUUCAAAAUCAAAAUAUCGCUCAAUCAAAAACUAUUAUCGAAUGUGAAACGGAACUGCAACAGAGCAAAACGAGACUUCUACAACUUAGCGCCGAUAUAACACUCGUCGAUAGCGAACGAAAGGCCCUGAAAGAAACCGUAAACGAACUGAGUAUUGAGAUCACGCGGCUAGAAGGCAACAUUACAUAUCUCGAAGAGGAGCGUGAAAAAAGUGAGCACGAUUUGAAAAGUUUCAUAGAAAAGUUGGAAACAAAAGCACAAUCUUGGAAAAAUAUGUUGGAUGCAAAGGACAAAGAAGUGAAGAAAUUGCGCGCGCGGCUCGAAAAAAUGGGAGAGCCGAUAAGUUUCACAGAGAGUUUGACGCAGGCUGAGAACGAUGGUGCGGGCAAGAAUGCCACUGCCAGUGAUGACGAAGAGGAGACUACCAAGCUUUUGCAUGCUCUUGAGUCUCGUGAUAAGCAUAUCGAAUCUCUAGAACUCAAAAUCAAAUAUUUAGCUGAAGAAAUGAUGUCUUCCACUCGUCUAAUGAACCAACUCUCUGCUGAAAAGGAGGAGGCGCGCAAUCCAAACAAAACUCGCGCUUGCUGCAAGACCAUCGAGGAGUCUCUACAGGCGGCCAAUGAACGUUGUCGCGAGCUCUCUGAGAUGCUCGAACGCAGUGAAGAGGAUAAUGCGCUAAAGUCCAAGCAAGCCAUGCACGCCAUCUCGGCGCUCGAGACAUAUCAGCGUGGUGAAGAUGGGCUGGUAAAAGCAUUGCGUAAGUGUACUGCGCUCGAACAGAAGGUCAUUUCACGUGACAAGCAAAUACGGGCACUCAUCAUGGAACUGAAUUCCAUGCAUGAAAUCGCGCACGAAAAUGGCAUACUACGAAAACGAUUGAAUAUACCGGAUGACAUGGUGAUAUCGGCGAAAAAUCUGGUGGCUAAAGAGCGUAAUAAAGACAAGAUGAUUGAACGAUUAACAUUGAAGCUGCGCGCUUCGGAGGAAAUGCGGCUGCAAUUGAAGCUGGAGAAGAGUGACUUGAGAAAAGAGCUAUUGGAGCGGCAAAAACUAUCGCAAAACCCAGUUGCCGCACCUACUGUGGAAGAGGAACGCGCUACUAUGGAUAGUCUACGCAUACCCAGUGAGAUCGGCGAGGUGACGGAGAGCGGCAAUGCAAGCCACGCGGAGCGCAAUGCGGUGUUGAACUUCUGUGCAAAUUGCAAGUUGUCGCUGGAGAUACCAGAUGAAGCCAAUCAGGCUGUAGCGGCCAAUCAGCUUAAAUAUCAGGAUGUGCUGGAUGAAAAUGAUACCUUGCGUGCUGGCAUGUUGGAGAUAUUGGAGAAACUCAGAGAAUAUGAUGCUUCCUCCGAUCACAUUACCAUCGAUACGGAAAUGCUCUACCGCCUACUUGAAGCGUUGCGUACUAGCUCGAUCCCGAGUACUCCAAAGCGCCUGCAAAGCGAAUUACAAACUUUGAAAGCGCGUGAAGAGGCUUUGCGUGCACUUAUAAAACAGCAGCCACACCCAGCACAGGAUCAGGAGUAUGAACAAGAGACAGACGAGCUGAGCUCUGUAGAAAGCAUGCGUGAAGGUACAAAGCUACGUAAUGGCUUUGACGACGAGCUAUCGCUGCACAUACCCAAAACAAUGGACUCAUCUACGCGCCCCACCACGCCCAACAAAAAUAUCAAGCAACAAGAACUGCCGGUUAUACCAAACGACGACAAGUCCACGUUUGAUGUUGAAAAACGCGAACUUCAGCUACAAGUUGCCGAGUUGAAUAUCUAUCGCCAGGGUUUUGAAGAUCUACAACAACAGUUGAAAGUGAGUGACGCAGAGCUCACACAAAGCUAUGCCGAUUUAAAUGCAAAACUGGUAAACGCACAGCUGGAACUGACUAAAGAGAAGUCCUCUUAUGCAUUCAUGCGCGUGGAAUUCGAUAACACACUCAACGAAGUCAAACAAAGUGAAUUGCGUCAUAUAGAGCAAAUGACCGCGCUGCAAAGAGAAUUAGCCACACUAAAAGAUAAGCUGAGCUACCUCGAAAAGGACUGCAGUCAGUUGCAUAAUUCUGGAUAUUACAGCAAAGAGGACUUCUUACAAGUGCAAGCAACCAAUUCAGAUCUACGCGCGCAAUUGGCCGCUAUCAUUGAGCAGCUGUUUGCUGACAAAUUAGACCCUAAUCUCAAAAUACCAGAUAUCUGUGCAGAUUAUGGCAUUAUAAAUGAGAAUAUGCAAUUGGACUAUUUAACGAUGGACGAAUACCGCGAACUGCAGGCAUCACUAAAGGAAGCACAACAGCAGCUGGACGAAUCGUUGCGGAAGUCGGCACAAUUAGAGAGUUUACUUGAGAUUGCCCAGAGUCAGAUACAAUCGCAACAGAAGUUGUUGAAUGAGAUCACAGAUAACCAUGUGAAUUUGCGGCAUCUGGUAGCUGAUCUACAGAGUAACACUGAAGAGAAGUUGUUACUGGCUAAAAUGCAACGUGAACUUGAUAGUGCCAAGCAAGAAGUAUCGAAUUUGCGUUUUGACUUUGACCAACUAAAGCAAAAGUGUGCAACCCUAGAACGUGAUUCAGAUGCUAAAGACCAAAAACUUAUCCAACUCACCAAGGGCUUCCAGCUGGAACGCAGUACUAAAGACAUCAAGAUCAAGUUUCUGCAAAAGUCGAUGUAUGUCUUGCGAGAAAAAUAUGCUAAGUUCACGCCUUUGAUCUUCCUAACAAACUUCGUUUUUGCUUAUACUAAAUUUGUAAAGAAAUCUCUUCGAUCCACUGAUAAUGGUAGAGGCAUCAAAGAGUUAAGUGAAAUCAUUAAAGAGUCAAUUAUUGCAAACUUAAAAAAUGAAAAUAUAGCUGUGGAUGAAUCGCAGAACUUAAUCGAGCUUAUCAAAUCAGAAACGCAAUGCAAGCUACUCGAAAGAAAUUUGCAAGAUCUACAAAAUAAAUUCGAUUCCUUGCACGAGGAACUGCUGGAGCAACGUAUACUUUCAGCGAAGGAGACUGGGCAUUGGCAAACAAUUGAGGCGCUUUUCGGGAACGGCGCGAAAGACAACAAUCGAGCAAUCGCCGAAGGGGAGAAUAAAGUAAAGGAAACAGAUACGAAAACAGAGGAGCAAUACUCUAGUCCGCGACAAAAAGAUGUAGCCACCAAUACAGACGCGCCAGUACCAGCAGAACGUAAGCUAUCAGCGACGCAUGUGCUUAAGAGGAGAUCAACAGUUGAAAUGUUGGAUAAAAACCUUUCGCCAAUCGGCUCACCAAUACGACGCAUACGCAAGGCUGACGCUACAACACAAACAACUAUUGAUAGAAGUGAACCGCAUUCUGUUGAAGUGCGUGAUGGAAAUACUAAGACAUCAGACCAGCCAAAGUCCACGAAUAAAGUAGCAUUAAGUUUAGCAGCUAGACAAUCCAUUCAAGAGCCCGAUAAAACGAGCGAAGAAUCGACAAAGGGAAUUAUGCUUAUGGAUCAGCUGCUUAAUAGAGAAACCAACGAUGCCAUCGUGCAAACAGCAGGUGAGCUAACGGAAUGUCAAAGCGUGCAAACCGAGACGUUAGCGGUUGGCGAACCCCAACUACGAGAUGAAGUGCGAUCGACAGAGCUUGAAGAGCGAAUAAAAGAAAUGGGAGAAAAAUUGAGUGAGCGAGAUAUUCGACUUGAAGAGAGCAAAACUGAACUUAUAACAGCUACUAAGCGUAUUGAAGAACUGCAAGGUCAAUUGGAGCUCGUCAAGUCUUCCAGCGAAACUAAGGUAGCUGCUCAAGCGGACACUAGCCCAAAGAGCGAUAUAAUUGAGAAAACCAUACUCUCAUUCCAUACGCUGCUCAGCGAAAAAGAUAAAUCCAUUAGUAAAUAUCAAGAUCUAUUACAAACUGAACGUGAGCAAAUACAAAAUACCACCGCCAAGCUGACCAACGAAAUUGGCGAUCUCAAGAGUACGAUCACGAACUUGAAUUUCAACAUUAAAACCAAAGACAUGGAAAUACUCGAACUAAAGACACAACUGGAGAUUGCAUCUGUGCGUCGACAUUCUGCAGAAAAAAUUGAACUGGCAACAGGAGCUAGCGGUGGUGGUGGUGGCGAUGAGAGCGGAGAUAACAGUUUGAAUGAGCUAACCGAUGAGAAAAUCGAAGAGAUGUUCCAGCAGGACCCCGUACAAAACGGAGGUGAGACUACAAUCGCAGCAGAUGGAGGUGAGCAAUUGGAGAAACAGGAUACCGAGUCGAUGAAAGAGCUACCAACUUUGUUGAAGCAAGUGAAAGAGCUAAAGGAUAAAGCUAGCUAUUGGGAGAAAACGUUGGCUGUUAAGGAGGAGGAGCUGAGUUUAUUGAAGGAGAAAGUAAAUCUUUACGAGGAGCGAGAAAAAUCAAUGGAGAGUGCCGUUAACCCGGAAAUGGAACAAUUGAGGCAACUACUAGAGGAAAAGGACAAGCAUAUCAAUGAACUUACGGAAACCCUUAACAAUUUUCACGACGACCAACAACGCUACUUCAAGGACUCCUCCAGCUACUCUGCCGAUCAGAUAUCGAAGCUACAUGCCGAUCUCACGCGCACCGAGGCGACGAACAAAAUUUAUCACACCCAAGUGGAUGCACUGCGACGCCAGAUCGCCAGCUUAACCCAACGUGAAAAACAAGCUCGCGAACUAAAUCAAUCGCUACGCAAUCAACUCAUUAAACGACCUGUGGUUUCCAUUAAAACCGAAUUGAAUGCGCGAGUUAAAACUGAAAAUCUACAGAAGCGCAUACACUCACUCGAGCUGGAGCUGGAGGAAGCGCGCGCUCAAAUACAACGUCAACAGAUUGUGCUCGAUGCAAAGCGUGCGAAAAGUGCAUCCGAGGUGGGGCUGUGGGAGAAGCAGAAACGUUGGCAACAAAAUGCCGAAAAGUUCAAGGCAAAAUUCGAAGAGGCAGAUGGCGCGUUGGAGAAGACGCGCGCGCUUCUACAGUCCGCGCGUACCAUGAUCGCGCGCUUGGAAAAGGAGAAACAAAUGCUCGAAAUGAAGCUCGGUCGAGUAGGGCAAUGUGGCACAAUGCAAGCUAUGAAGUGUUGUCGCACGCCAUCGUGUCCCAAUCUGCAACGUGGUGGUGGUAAGUAUACGCCUUCUGAGAGUCCGGAAACAUAUACGGGCGCAAGUAGUGAAUGUAGUUCACCGGCGCAUAGCGCGAGUGAGCGCCAUAAGCAUAUGCUGACCCACUUCUGUGCCGCGUCGGGUGGCAGUGGCAAUGUAUGCGGCGCGGCAGAGAAGCACCAGCCGCAUGCGGAGUUGAUUGAGGCGCUGAAAGCGCGCAUCGAACUGCAGCAACGCAAGAUACUUGCAAUGGAGUUGGAGGGUAAGGGCAGUAAUGCGCUUACUACUGAAAUGGAAAAAUUACAGGAGAAACUUUCGGAGAUCGAAGCGCAGAACAUACGUUUGGAAGCGAAGAACUUACAGUUGCAACUGGAUAACGAUUUGAUGCGACAAGGCGAUGCAACCGAGCGUUUGGAGAAGCGCAUCAAAUAUCUGGAAGACUACAUCAUAGCCUUAAAAGAGGAAAUGGCGCAAGCUGAAGCACGUCGGGAACUCUGCAAAUGCUCGGGCAUCAAGUUAAAUACGCAAUUAGGGCAUUCUGCUGAGCAGACUAUACUUUCGUUGCGUGGCAUUGUGGAAAAAUUGCGUGCAGAAAACAAGUUCCUUAAAGAUGGGCGUCGUGCAUGCGAAUCUCGAAAUAUAAAUGAAACAACUAAUGCUGAUGUGAGUAAACUUCAAAAACUUUAUGCAGAGUCGCUGGAUAAAAUAGCUGUUUUACAAGUUGAGUUGAAUGGAAAGACGAAAUGCAGAGCCUGUGGGAGGGCUGAUACCCAUGUUAAUGACGAGAUGUCCUUUAUCAAGGAACAACUUAGUAAAAAGACGCAGCUACUGCAAAAAGCUAAAGUUCUACUCACACGCGCCGCAGCCAAAGAAAAAGUGCUAAAAGAGCAGCUUUUAUUAUGGAAGCGCAAAUGUUCCGAGCUACAAAAUGUACCAGUGAUAGAUGAAAUAAGUGAAUAAUUGCGCAAGCUACAGUGGA